AUGAUAAAUUAUCGAAUAUUAUUGAUGUUGACGACGAUAAUCAACCACAACAACAGAAGCAACAAGAAUUUUUUCAACAAAAAUUACCAUUCGAUCAGACGAAAGAUUUAAUUAUUCAUGGAUCAAAAAUUGAAAGGCUAUAUUUUCAAAUAUCAAAACGAAUGGAAAAUAUUUCCUUGACUGUAUCAUUAUGUGAUGGUCCAAACGAUAACAAACAACCACAACCACCACCAACCAUCCACAUUGAAUUAUAUUUUAUCAAUUUAAAAACAAUUAAAAAAUUUCAAAAACGUAAAAUUGGUCGUCGAUCAAAUACCGAUAAUAAUAAUAAUUAUCAUCAAACAAAUCGAAUAUGGUCCAGAAUGAUUAAUCGUAAAUUAUCAAAACGUUCUCGGAAUUAUCGAAAACUUUUAGUUUUAGAACAAUAUUUAUUUCAUUCAUUGAUUAAUUCAUCAUCACCGCCGACAACAUUGCAGCAACAACAAUCUCGUAUAACAUUCGGUAAUGGAAUUGUUUUUCAACCAGGUCUUUAUAUUAUUCAAUUGGAAUUGCAACAAUUUCCAUUUGACAAAGACGAUGAUGAUUAUAAGAAAUCUGAUGAUGAUAUUCUUUUACAAUUAUAUCUGAAUUCAAUGGCAAAUUCUUCUCCGUAUCCUAUAUUACCACCAGUUGCAUCAAUAAUGAUUAAACAAAUCGAAUCAAAAGAUGAUACUUCUACAAAUCAAUCUUCAUCAGCCGUUGAAAUUUGGUGGAAUCCAAUUCCAAUCUCUCCGGCAUCUACCAUUAUUGAUCAAAAUUAUGAAUAUUGUUUAUUGAUUACCAAACAACAACCAGCCGAAGAAGAUGAUGGUAAUCAUUAUCGUCGUUACAAAGAUAAAUGUUCAAUCGAACAGAUUCCUAUUGAAUCAGAUCGUUCAAUUCGAAUAUGUUCGAAUCAAACAAAAAUAUUUGUAAAUAAUUUACUUGCUGAACAAUUGUAUUUUGUCGAUGUUUUUGUUCGAAAUCUAAAACAUUCGAAUGGUGGAAUGCAAUCAAAAUAUUGGACAACAAAUUUUACAUUGAUUGAUUAUCAUCGACAACAACAACAACAACAUCGCGAACAAGAAGAACAGAAAAAUUGGCAAGAAAAAUCAUCAUUACCAUUAUUACAUGAUAGUUUAUUUACAGGAAUAUUUUUAGAUUCAAAAAAUCAAUAUCGUAAACGUUUUCUAUUUAAACUACCCAUAUUAUCAUCAUUGAAUGGCAACGAUCAACAGCAGCCGCAAAAACUUUAUAUUUAUAUUCAACCUUGUUCGGGUUUGGGACCAAUACAACUGAAUGUUGAAGAAAUUUCAUUAAAUUAUUUUGAUCAAUUACGGCGGCGACGUCGACGACAAGGAAAACAUCAUCACCAUCAUCGCCGUCGCCAUCGUCAGGACAAUUUUGACAAUUCAAUCAACGAUGAUGAUAUCAUGGAUGAAGAAGAGGAUAAUCCAUUUCCAUCGAAUGAAAAUUCAAUUUUAUUUUUCGAUGAAAUUAUUGAAACACGAACAAUUGAAAUCAACGUACCGAUUCGUUCAAAUUAUCAAAUCAUUAAUACUGGUUUGAUAUAUUUAAUUAUUGAAUUGAAUACUGUUUCUUCGAUGCAAACACGUAGUAUGAUUAUGUUGUUGACAAAUUCAUUGGUAAAAUUUCCAUUUCCACGUCUACCGCAAGAUAAAUCUAUUCGGGUAAUGGAAACAUUAAAACAAUGUGAUUCAAUAACAUUGGUUUGGAAUGCAUCACCCGAUGAACGUGUUACAUAUUGUAUACUGCAACGUGAUGCAAAAUAUGGUCAUAGUUUUGAAGAAUCGAAAAAUUUUUGUCAAAAAAUUAAAUCACCACCGCCAUCAACAAUUGAUAGACAAAGUUCUAGUCAAAAUAAUGAUUUAGAUGAUAUGAUUUAUUGGAAUGAUCGUUAUCAAAAUGAACAUUCAUAUCCAACACGUAAAGUUCUUUGUCGAAGAUAUCGAACACAAAAACGUAUUAAUAAUGAUUUAAUAAUGCAACAGAUAAAAAAAUUACAACCCGGACGACAAUAUAUAUUUAUGAUACAGAUAAAAGGACGUAAAAAUCAAUUAAAUUAUGAACAAAUUUAUGUUGAAACAAAGAAUUUUGAUGAAUGUUUAUCGUCAUCAUCAUCAAAUUGGCAGAAUGGCAACGAUGAAAAUGAUGAUGGCCAAUCGGAUGGUCUUGGUGAACGACGAAAACGUUGGCGUGGACGUUCAUUGUGAUCGUUUUGUUCAUCGAAAAGAUCAAAAAAACCAGAAAAACAUCUAAGUCAAAACAACCAUCAUUCGAUUCAUUUUUGUAAAAAUCAACCAAAAA